UUCCAUGUAGAGCUGUAUGUUACAUGAAACUUCCGCGACAAUCAGUUUUCAGUGCCAAAACCCUUAUUAGUUUAGGGUUUUGAUAGAUUCCCAAAGUAGUAUAUAUAGUACUUUUUAAGUUGCGACUCAUUAAGAGCUGGCCAAACUGGAGAGUAAAGAUUCACCACGUUGCUGUCGCAUAAAUCAAUUGUCCUCGUUGAUUUGUAAUAUCCAUUGGGAUUUUGUGGGAAUUUUUUAGUUGUGUGAAGUCACUCAAGACUGAUGUCUCAAACGAAGCCUAUUGAGGGGGCUGAGUCGAAAAAGAUGGAUGGUGAAGUUGUUGAUGAUGAUGGUUCUGUUGUGACUAGUUCUAUGUUUACUACUUUGGGUUUGGAGUUUCUUGAGGAUUAUGAUGGUGAUGUCGAGAAUUUAGGUGUCCGAGAUCAGGAUGGCUACAUUGCCUCUAGUGAUGAUGAAAAUCGCGGUACAAGUGCUAGCGGAAGUAAAGAUACCGGUGAUGAUGUAGUGGUAAAUUUGAAAGGCAAUAAGAGGAGAAAGAAAGGCGGAAAGAUUGUACGGGAAGAAGAUGACCUUGAUAAGAUUCUAGCAGAACUCGGUGUAGCCUCACCUUCAGCAAGCGCGGAUAAUAAUGUUCUGAUUGAUCAAACUGAAGCGAAUGUGGCUGCAGGUAAUGGAGUGGUGAGUGAAAUUGAAGAAGGCAAUUCAGAGAUGUCUGCUGCUGCAAAAAAGAAGAGAAAGAAAAAAGAAAGGAAAAAAGAGAAGAAGGCUGCUGCUGCUGCUGCUGCCGCCUCUUCUGCAGAAGAGAAACACGAAGAGAUAAUAAAUCAAGUAGCAGGAGAGGAGAAGAAAGUCUCGAAACAUGUCAAGAAUAUGCAAAAGAGACUUGCAAAGAUAAAGGCUGAGGCGGAGAGAAAAAACAGGGAAGAAGAGGAGAGGUUAAAGAAGGAAGAACAAGAGAGGCUAGAGCAAGAAAAACUGGUGAGAGAAGCAGAAGAGAGAAAGAGAUUAAAAAAGGAGAAACGUUUGAGGAAGAAGCAAGAAGGUAAAAUUUUAACAGGCAAACAGAAAGAAGAAGCCCGUCGGCUGGAGGCAAUGAGGAACCAGUUUCUUGCCAGUGCUGGAGGUCUACCCCUCACUAGUACUGCACUAAAACGGCCCGAGUAUCAGACAAAGAAGUCAAAUCCACAUUCGCAAGAAAAUGGGUGUACCUCGUCUAACACUAAUGAAAUCACAGAAGCAAAUAAAAAGCAGGAAGCGAUGCCCUGUUUGGAUUCUCUUGAAACUGAGGAGGUUGAAGAAAUGAACCUAAUGGAUGUGAAGGGGGAACCUGAUGUGGUGGAAGAGGAUGUAACGGAGGAAGAUGAUGAUGAAGAAUGGGAUGCAAAGGGUUUGGAUGACUAUGAUCUUGAUAUUCUUGGUAAGUACAUUGAAUUUGAUGAUGAACAAACUGAGUUGGAGCCCAAAUCGGUCUUAAAUAAUGGUAUAAAAAGUUCACCUACUGUCACUUGCUAUACCAAACCAUCAAUGUUUACAGAGAAGGUGUCCUCAACUGCACUAGUGGAAUUCCAGGAUAAUAUUAAAAGCCUGCUAAUAGGCGAUGUUGCAGCCGACUCUAAACAGAGAGCUAUAGCAGAGAAAAAAGUUUCUCAAAAAGCAGAUAGUGAAAAUCUCAGGUCCCCAAUCUGCUGUAUUAUGGGUCAUGUCGAUGCUGGAAAGACCAAGCUGCUUGAUUGUAUCCGUGGAACUAAUGUUCAGGAAAAUGAAGCCGGAGGAAUUACUCAACAAAUUGGUGCAACAUAUUUUCCGGCAGAAAUCUUGAAGGAUAAGACCAGGGAAUUGAAACCUGAUGCAGCACUUAAAGUUCCAGGCUUAUUGAUUAUUGAUACCCCUGGUCAUGAAUCGUUCAUAAAUUUGCGCUCUCGGGGAUCUGGGUUAUGUGAUAUUGCAAUUUUAGUUGUGGACAUAAUGGAUGGAUUAAAACCACAAACUGUGGAAUCACUCAAACUGUUGAAAAUGAGGAAGACACCGUUCAUUGUUGCUUUGAACAAGGUGGAUAGAUUGUAUGGAUGGAAAACUUGUCAAAACGCACCAUUUGUGAAGGCAAAGAAUCAACAGUGUAAAGAUGUCCAGAAUGAAUUUAAUAAGAGGCUUACUGAGAUUAUUGGAAAUUUCAAGGAACAAGGAUGGAAUAGUGACCUGUACUAUAAAAUUAAGAACAAAGAUAUGGGAGAGACUAUCAGUAUUGUACCUACAAGUGCAAUCAGUGGUGAAGGCAUCCCGGAUAUGCUACUGUUAUUAGUGAAAUGGUGUCAGAAGACUAUGGUUGAUAAACUUACGUACAGCGAAAAAUUGCAGUGUACAGUUUUAGAGGUUAAAGCCAGCGAAGGUGAUGGGACUACAAUUGAUGUGGUGUUGGUUAAUGGCGUGCUUCAUGAAGGUGAUCAGAUAGUUGUCUGUGGUAUGCAGGGACCGAUUGUGACGACAAUACGAGCAUUAUCUACUCCCCAUCCAAUGAAGGAACUACGUGUUAAGGGUACCUAUCUUCACCAUAAAGAAAUUAAGGCUGCCCAGUUUAUCAAGAUUGCUGCACAGGAUCUUAAGCACGCAAUAGCAGGCACCAAUAUAUUCGUGGUCGGGCCUGAUGAUGAUUUGGAAGUAAUCAAAAAGUUGACUAUGGGAGAUAAGAAGACAGUCAUGGACAGAACUGAUAAAACUGGUAAAGGGAUUUGUGUUCAAGCGCCUACUCUCGGUUCCUUGGAAGCAUUGCUUGAUUUUUUGAAAACCCCAGAAGUAAAUAUACCUGUGGGUGGUAUAGGCAUAGGCCCUGUCCACAAGAAGGAUGUCAUGAAGGCCAGAGUAAUGCUUGAGAAGAAGAAGAAAGAGUACGCAACCAUCUUGGCUUUUGAUGUCAAAGUAUCACCAGACGCUUGGGAACUCGCAGAUAAGUAUGGUGUAAGAAUAUUCAUUGCUGAUACCAUAUACUCCUUGAUCCAUCAGUUCAAGGCCUACCUUAAUACCCAUAAGGAGGAAAAGAAGAAGGAAGUUGCUGAUGAAACAGUAUUUCCAUGUGUGCUUAAGAUUAUACCGGGCCGUGUGUUUAACAAGAAGGAUCCAAUUAUUUUAGGUGUUGAUGUUCUUGAGGGAAUCGCCAAGGUUGGAACUCCAAUAUGUAUUUCCCAGAAGGAAUUUAUUGAUAUCGGUCGGAUAACUCACAUUAGAAAUAACGAGCAGCCAGUUGAUCUUGCUAAGAAGGGCAGUGCGGUGUCCAUUAAGAUAACUGGAAGCAAUUCGCUUGAGAAGCAAAUGAUGUUCGGCAGACAAUUCAAUACUGAAGAUCUGCUUGUCAGCCACUUGUCUGGGAGGUCGAUUGACAUACUGAAGGAACUUUAUUGGGAUGAGCUGUCUGAUAAUUUGCGGAAGUUGGUCGUCAAUCUGAAAAAGCUGUUUAAAAUCCAGUGAAUUUCGUCAUUUGUGUGAUCAAAGCAAUCCCUAGUUUUUGGCAGACGGUAGAAGCCUUGUGGGUGCAGUAGUGUGUGUUUUCUUUAACGAUAUAGAAGGAUAUGUGUGUGCAUGCGCAUGUGAAGCAGGGAACCUGCAGGCGAAACUAUACAACAGAUGAAAUUGGUUUCUGAUUAUGUGGAACCAAUAUGAAACAUAAAAUUUGUCCGAUGUGCGAUCAGGGUUUGGUUAUAUGAAGCUUGUGUUUCAGAUUUAAGCUUGUCUUUCUAGUUACUUAAUAAUUGUAAUUUUUUAGCUUAGAAGCCAAUUAUUGUGUAAACAGGAUGGACCCGA